GAUAACUAUGUGCAAAAAAAACAAAAGUUAACAAAUAAACAAGAGGAUGGCCAAGAGGAUGAUCAAGAGGAUGAUCAAGAGAAUAAUCAAAAGAGUAACCAAGUGCAAAAAACUGUGCAAUCAAAUUCUGCUUCAAAUAUAUUAGCAUCUCUUUCAAGAGAAAAACAAAAUAGUCAAAAAUUAAUGACUGAUGAACAAGAGAAUUACCAAGUGCAAAGAACUGUUGAGGAAAUUGUUAGUAAUAGAGAGGAUGAACACGAUUUAGAGGUAUUGGGCAUAAAUUAUGCAAAUGAUUUAGCCAAUAAUUCUGAUUUUAUUGGAGAGGGAGCUUCACGUACUAUGAUGGUGCCACCAAAAUCUAUAAUUAAAGAUUUGACAAGCAAGACAUCAAAUGCGAUAAUUGCAAUUUCAAGUUCAGGAAAAAUGACUUCAACAGCAUAUGUAGCAACAGAAGUGUCUACAA